UUAAAAGAAAAUCGCUUCCGCCGACGGGGAGAAUUACAAUCACUUGAGAGCGAGUGAGCUCAGAGAUGGGAAACUGCUGCUCGGAUGUGGACGGCGGGAUGGCUGCGGUGGGUGGAACCGCAGCCUCCGCAGCCUCUGCUACCAGCAACCAGGACGAAGCCGUUGACCACUUCUUAAAGAAAACUGGCUUCCACGGUGGCUACUCUCAGAUCGAGUUAUCAUUUUCUGCUUCAGAUUUGCGAGACCGGGAUGUGUUCUCCAAGAGUGAUCCAAUGUUGGUGAUUUAUACAAAAGGGAAAGAUGGAACACUUACAGAAGUAGGCCGUACUGAAGUAGUUCUUAAUUCAUUGAAUCCAACAUGGAUCACAAAACACACAGUUUCUUAUCAUUUUGAGACUGUCCAAACCAUGCUGUUUCAUGUCUUUGAUGUUGACACUCAGUUUCAUAACAUCGAUGUAAAGAUGCUUCAGUUGGAUGAGCAACAAUUUCUUGGGGAGGCAAGUUGUACCUUGUCAGAGAUUGUCACCAAAUCAAACAGGUCAUUGACCUUAGAUCUUGUACAUAGAGGAUCUAGCACAUCAACCCAUCUUCGGCACCAUGGAAAGCUUACUGUUCUUGCUGAGGAACGUGUUAGCUCGAAGACUACAAUAGAGAUGAUAUUGAGGUGUUCAGAUUUGGAAUCAAAGGAUCUCUUAUCGAAAAGUGAUCCAUUUUUGGUUAUAUCCAAACUUGUAGAGAGUGGGGAUCAAGUUCCUGUGUGUAAAACCGAAGUCAUAAAAAAUGAUCUGAAGCCAACAUGGAAACCAAUAUUUUUAAAUAUUCAACAAGUUGGAAGUAAGGAAAAUCCAUUAGUAAUAGAGUGCUUUAACUUCAAUAGCAGUGGCAAGCACGAUCUGAUUGGAAAAGCUGAGAAGUCACUUGCAGAAUUGGAAAAGAUUCAUUCUAGAAGGGAAGGAGAAAUUUUAUAUUUACCAACUCUUGUUGGGCAUAGUCUCCAAAACAAGGUGCUAAAGAGCCGGAUUUUUGUGGACAAAUUCUCUGAGAGUGUUCAGCAUACCUUCCUGGAUUACCUCGCUGGUGGUUUCGAACUGAACUUCAUGGUUGCUAUUGAUUUCACUGCUUCAAAUGGAAAUCCACGCCUCCCUGAUUCCUUGCAUUAUAUUGAUCCGUCAGGACGGCCAAAUGCAUACCAGAGAGCAAUCCUUGAGGUUGGAGAGGUAUUGCAAUUUUAUGAUGCAGACAAGCACUUUCCUGCUUGGGGGUUUGGAGCACGGCCCAUUGAUGGUCCAGUAUCUCAUUGUUUCAACUUGAAUGGAAGCAGUAAUUACUGUGAGGUUGAUGGAAUCCAAGGAAUUAUGAUGGCAUAUACCAGUGCUCUCUUUAAUGUUUCACUUGCUGGGCCAACACUAUUUGGACCCAUAAUUAGCAAUGCUGCACUUCUUGCUAGUCAAUCUCUUACCAGUGGUGCAAAAAAGUACUUUGUUUUGCUAAUAAUAACGGAUGGGGUAGUAACAGAUCUCCAAGAAACAAAAGAUGCAAUAGUUAAAGCGUCUGAUCUGCCAUUGUCCAUCCUCAUAGUUGGAGUUGGGGGAGCUGACUUCAAAGAAAUGGAGAUUUUAGAUGCAGACAAGGGAGAAAGACUAGAAAGUUCAACUGGACGUGUUGCUUCACGGGAUAUUGUCCAAUUUGUGCCAUUACGGGAUGUACAGGCUGGAGAAAUUUCUGUGGUUCAAGCACUUCUAGCAGAACUCUCCACUCAAUUUUUAAUGUACAUGCGAAGCAGAGAUAUUAAACCAACUACUUGAUACUGUAAACCAGUGUACAUAGAAAUUUCUUAUUCUUUCUACUUUUGGUUUUCAUUCCUAAAGUUUGGCCUUAUCUUGUCCAUGGUGUGAAUGCGGUGAUAUAGUUUGUGAAGGGAUUCUUAUGUGGCACUUUACAUCCUAGCUGGAAGGGUGGACCUCACAUUGCAUCGUGCCUCUUCAGAUGCAAAAGAUGUUAUGUUACCAUGUUGAACUGAAGAUUGAUCCAACUUGACAAGGUACCGUUCCAAGUCAUGAUUCAUGAAAGUUUGCAUUUCUUCUGUCUGCCAGGUUCACUUCAGACAGCAAAACACUUCAUCAUUUUGGCAAGGAGUGUGGUAAAGGUGUGCAAUUACUGCCAGCUUGAAACUGUUUUCCUUUUCCUGGUCAUACUACGACUGUGAAGUGUCAGCUAAAAAAUUUCUGAUACCAAAGCACCAUUGAGAAAACAUUAUCUUUGAAAGUUGGGACAAACAUAGACUUAAACGAGGGAGGAACAUGGAUUCAGUUGACUUUUCCUCACAAAUUGCUGACUCUUCCCGGCUUACUUGGGGGCAGAAGGACUUGGGACGGUUGUCUAUUUGGUCUUUUUCUGACCUGGGUCCGGGUACAACACAGGCAAUUGACCCUAACGUUCCAUCAAUGAGGCUUCAGAGUUUGAAUUGUGCUCUUGUGGAAUGCACGAAUUGGUACGUUUAGCAUGUGUAUUACGUUUUAAUCCCCUUUCCUUUCUUAAACAUGUUGGUGAAGGCGAGCAUGUAGAUUGAAAUGUAGUUUUGUGUAAUCCUUGUUCAGCAAUCGUUGCGUUUCAUCGUUUCAAGUUUUGAGUACAAAUUUGCAAAUUUAAUCGAUGCACUCAUUUCUAUUUUCGAUCUAAGUUUUGUUUCAAGUGUGUUAAGGUAGAUUGCAUUUUGGCCCUGCUUAAUUUUUGA